GAAACGAAUAUUAAUAAUAUUAUUUUAUUAUCAUUUAAAAAAACCAGAGAAAAAGGGGAAAAAGAAAAACAGGUCAAGAAGAGGAGACCGGGGAGGAACGGAGGAGGAAGGCGCUCUGUUGUUUGCGAUCUAUCUUCUCUCUUUCCGUUUCUCUCUUCGAAAGGACUUCGCCGGUUAACCGGCAAGUACAGCUCAUCGGAAGAGAGUCGAAGGAGAGGGGAAUUCCGACGAUAGAGUCAGACCAGCUCCUGGUGAAGGCGGCGCGGAGCGGAAGUUGGACCCGUGAAAGAAACGACCGAAUUGGCCUCUCCGGCUUGCUAUCCUCUCUAAUCUCCCGAUCGAUUUGCCGAUUGUGUUUGUUCGAUUCGUCUGUUUGUUUAUCUGCCGCCAUGAACGGGAAGGCGAAUGUUUCUAAAGAGCUCAAUGCCAGGCACAAAAAGAUCUUGGAAGGCCUGAUGAAAUUGCCCGAGAAUAGGGAAUGCGCAGACUGCAAGGCAAAGGGUCCAAGAUGGGCAAGUGUGAAUUUGGGUAUCUUUAUAUGCAUGCAGUGUUCUGGGAUCCACAGAAGUCUUGGAGUGCACAUAUCAAAGUUUGGUGCCUUGUUUUGCAAAUCCUGUUCUGGCCAUAAAAAAUCUACAACUGAAUUGAUGCGUCCUCCGUGUAUUACUAGAAUUUGGUUCGAUCUGCAACCCUUGACACUUGGCUCCCAGAGCAGGUUGCAUUUAUCCAGUCCAUGGGAAAUGAGAAAGCAAAUUGCUAUUGGGAAGCUGAACUGCCUCCAAACUACGACAGAGUUGGAAUUGAGAAUUUUAUUCGUGCAAAGUACGUAUGAUGAUAAGAGGUGGGUACCUAAGGACGGGAAAACAAAAUCUCCUCCAAGACGGCAGGAUGAAAGUUAUUUGCAAAAGCCAAAACCAGUGGAAAGAAGUAGGCAUGCGCAAACUGGCAGCUCUGAAAAUCUAUUCGAGGGACGGAGGAAUUCACCUGCACAAAGUUCAAAAGACCGAGUUCCUGCUGCACGAAUAAGUAUUCCUGUACCUCCCAAAGGACCUGAUCAGGUUACCCCUCCUAAGCUUGUCCAGAAAGUUGAACCUGUGACAGAGCUAGCUGAGUCCGCAAAGAAGGCAGCUGAUCCUAUUCCAACUGUCACUCAACCUAAGGUGGAUUAUGCUACUGAUCUUUUCAACAUGCUGUCACUAGAAGGCCCGGAUGUGAACGGCUCUGAGGCACCUUCCAGUGAUGAUAAUGGAUGGGCAGGCUUUCAAUCUGCUGAUGCUGUUGCGGCCACUGCUACUGGAGAAGUAUCAGCAACUGAUAAGGCUGAUCCACAAAAGACCGUGGAGCCGAAUAACACUCAUUCCACCCCUGUUAUUGAGGAUUUAUUUAAAGAUGAACCUUCUCUACCAACAUCUUCACACUCUCAGAAACCCCAGAAAGAUGUUAAGACUGACAUUAUGAGCCUUUUUGAGAAGUCCAAUAUGACCUCUCCUUUUGCUAUGCAUCAGCAACAAAUAGCCAUGCUAGCGCAGCAACAAUCCCUUCUCAUGGCAGCUGCAGCAAAAUCAGGCGGUAGUUCUGGUUCGACCAACAUUCAGCAACAAAUUGCUAUGCUAGCGCACCAACAAUCCCUUCUCAUGGCGGCUGCAGCAAAAUCAGCUGAUGGUUCUGGUUCAACCAACAGUCAACAACCGGGAGCCAAUGGUUUUAAUUCACCAGCUCAAACUUGGCCCAACAUUGGGUACCAGAUUCCUGGUUUAAUGGGGCCUGUGGCUGCGCAAGGCGACGCACAGAAACUUAUGCAGAGCGGUAACUUGGCAACAACAACACAGCCGAUGGGAGGCUCAUCACCAUAUCCCGGAUCUAGCUUUUAUAGCAUGGUACAAGCAACCCCAGCUGUCAAUGGGGCGAGCACAACGGCUGGGGCGAGCAAACCACAAUCGGCAACUCCAGUAGUAGCAUCGAGCAAUUCGUCGCAGACUGGUAAAGAGUACGAUUUCUCGUCUUUAACUCAAGGCAUGUUCUCCAAGCAUUGAGCUGUGGUUAUAUGAUGAUGAUGAUCACGGCCAGUCUGGCUUUGAUCCGUACUCCUUAAACGCAUAUGCACAACCCCAAAAGUUAGAAGAUUGUAUUACUACACAGCAAAAAUAGCAAUUGGGAAGUUACAAUUUUCUCCCUCUUUUUUAAAGGCAUUUCUGUUGUCCUGAUAUCUGUAUUGUUGAUAAAAAUGAUUGUAAACUAUUUUGUAGAUUCUGUUCCUUCGUUUUCUUCGGCUCUGCUGGUUGGUGGGUUGGUUGGUUGGUUUGAUUUUCUCAUUCGUAUUUUGAGUAGAUUCAUUCUCAUUCCAUUGUAACGUCCAUGUAUGGCUAGUUCUUCCUCCACAGCGAAUCUCCAAGCUAUCUACACUCUCUAGAUCUCGGAGAAGAGUACUGAUUUCGUUCUUAGACUGAUUUCGAGUUCGAAACUGGAAGUCGCAACC